AGCCGAACGUGUCCGUGGCGUAUAGAGAAGCCCUAGCGACACUCUGAACCGCAUUGGACGAGCGACUGAAGUAAUCGGGGGCAAAUGGCGUCGGCUUUGGCGAGGGCAAAGAGGACCUGCCGUCUGUCGGCGGCGGCGACGAUGGCUAUCCGCAGGGCGUUUGCGUCUGUCUCUGUGGGAUCCGACAUCGUCUCUGCUGCGCCCAAUGUUGCGCUCCAGAAGGCUCGUACUUGGGACGAAGGUGUCUCCUCCAAUUUCUCCACCACGCCUGUUAAAGAGAUCUUCCAGGGGAAAAAGGUGGUCAUCUUUGGCUUACCUGGUGCAUACACUGGUGUUUGUUCUGCACAACAUGUGCCUAGCUACAAGAACAACAUCGAAAAGUUCAAAGCUAAAGGAAUUGAUUCUGUGAUCUGUGUGUCUGUCAAUGAUCCAUAUGUUCUAAAUGGAUGGGCUGAAAAACUGCAGGCAAAGGAAGCAAUUGAGUUUUAUGGUGACUUUGAUGGGAGUUUUCACAAAAGAUUGGAGUUAGAUUUGGAUCUCUCUGCUGCUUUGCUUGGGCAUCGAUCUCAAAGGUGGUCGGCUUAUGUUGAUGAUGGUAAAAUAAAAGCGUUUAAUGUUGAGAAAGUUCCCUCAGAAUUCAAGGUCUCUGGUGGUGAGGUGAUCUUGGGCCAGAUAUAACCCAGUUGAAAUAUUACGCAUAUUUGACUUUUUUGUUAAAACUGAUGACUGUAAUUUCACGUGGACGUCUUCUUAAAUAAGUGAAUGUUUGAAAACAAAGUCUUUAAUAUGCAUCCCUUUCUGUACGAAGUCGAGAAGUGAAUAUUAAGGGUUAUUCUUUUUCUUAAAA